AUGCCUGGUUUACUCAAAUUACCUUCAAGGAAUAGAAACUACGACAGCAUCCAUUAUUUGUGCACUGUUAAGUUCCUGGAUGACUCCGAGGCACUUUCAGUCACCUAUCAAAGAGAUACGAAGGGGCGUUUCCUCAUUGACUACGUUUGCUCAUCAAUUGAUCUGCUAGAGAAGGAUUAUUUUGGCUUGAAAUACACAGAUGCUGACAAGCAAGAAUGUUGGAUCGAUCCUUUGAAAUCCAUCUAUUCACAGCUUAAAGGAAUUUCCAACCCGUUGCUCUUCUUCCACGUAAAAUUUUAUCCCGAGGAUCCGUCUGUGAUCAAGGAAGAAAUCACCAGGUAUCAGUUGUUUCUACAAGUGAGGAAGGAUCUGGAAGAGAAUCGGCUCAUUUGCUCGUUGCAGGAUGCGCUCCUGUUCUCAGCUUACAUUGUCCAAGGUAGGGACAACCUGCCAUAUUCCGCAUCCCCGCCAUCGCUCACCCAUCAACCAUCAUCACCUGCCUGGAAGUACAUUCUCUACGUUAAACUGCCAUCAUCGCUGAAAGGUUAUGAGGAGAAUAUCUACCAACUCCAUCGUAAGCUGAAGGGCAUGAAGCCAGCAGAAGCCGAAUUUAAUUUCUUGAAGAAAGCUUCAACUCUCCCGUCCUUCGGCAUCGACCCGUACAUCGUGCAGGACAUAAAAGGUGACCAGUUGUAUCUGACCGUCACUCCGCAAGGCAUUGUAUCAUUUGUCGACAACCAAGCUACCAACACAUAUUAUUGGUAA